AGUCUGAAUGUAGUUUAUGCUCACAUCUGAGUCCUAUAGUUCAAGGCAGAGCUCCAACUACAGCUGUGCUUUUUACCAGUGACCUGUGCUCCAUCAGUAAUCUAUUCAAUGUAUAAAGUAUUUACAAAUCAAUCAGUGAUUUAUAAUCUGUUUCUCUUUCAAAUCCAAUGCAUCAAAGCAACCAUAUGUAUUUGUUUUGUACAACAUCCCAACACAGAUGAGCUCAAGGCUCAUAAAUGGGUUUCCUGAGACGAGGGUUGUGUCUCCUGGCAAAACAUUAUAUAAUUAUAUAACAGGUCACAUUAUAAAAUAUUGUAAUAUUUUAUAGUAUAUAGUAUAUCAGUAUUUUAUAACACCCCUAAUUUUGUGUUAGAUGCCACUGCACUGAACUCCAUAUUACAAGUAAAACAUAUCCGCUAUAGUAUAAAUGAAGCUGUAAAUUGUGAUUAGAUGUGUAAAGUUGACAUAUGAGUUUCUUGAUUCUCACCAACAACACAUUCCUAUUGCUGCGUAGAUUAUUAUUAUUUCUGCAAUUUCAAUAUAUUGUCUUCUUGACCGCAGAACCAGGUGGCUUUGAAGAAAAGGUCAGCCAUUCUACCAUCAUCCGCAUUCAGUUAUGUUUAUAUCCGGUAUAUUUUUGCAUACGAGACACAAACAAAUUAUAAUACUACACAGUGAAUCUACAGUAGCCAGUGGCCUAUGAAUAAUUCAUUUCAGGAAAGGGAUCUGUUUGCCCUCGUGCCUCUUUGGUGCGCCUGUGCACCUGGUGCCAUUUGGCUGUAUGGGCUACAGCAGACGCGUCUCCAAUUAUCAAGAGGCACAUCCGUGGGUUUCUCUGUGUCAACCCCCGCCCACCCCCCAACCUUAAAAAAAUAGUCUCCACAUCCACAUUGAUUUGAGCGAAGCCAGAUCAGGGUGGGCGACACGAGAAACUCGCACGUGAAUAACUUAUCCUGGAUGAUUGAUAUGCAUUUUGCGCACAGGACAACCAAACUAGAAAAGUCCAGUGUGAAAGAGGGACGUUUUGUGACCGUGUAGGACAAACUGUUAUCGUGUCUCUGGGUGUGAUUACAAUUUCUUCAUGUGAUAACCGAUAUCUUUAGAUGACCAUUCACUCCAGUGGGCUUGCUGUUUUCCAACUAGAUCCUCCUGUAAUGUGCGUGAUGAGUGGGCUGCCACACACACACACGACCCGCUCAGACUUGGCACAGCUUUCCUUCAGCACUUGGCGCGUGUUGAUGUGGAAUAAUCGGCAGGUUUGAGUGGCGGCGGCCGCUUCAGCACGCUGGACAGCGCUCGUGGAAGUUGGAGAGGAUCGGCUGCGCGCGUUUUCUUUUUUUGGUUUGUUUGUUUAUUUUUAUUUUUAUUUUUUUUAAUUAUAUAAUUGAAAUGAAUUUGCGGAGCCGCUUCUGUGGAGAUGUGCCACGCGUGACCAUGGCUAGUUUGAAGUAUUCAUUGUCCACAAUAACAACAGGCGCGCGGAAGCCCACAGCGCACUCUCUGGAGUGAGACAUGGACUUUGCUGAGAUCUUUUGCGCUUUGUUCAUCGUCGUGGUCGCGGUCGUGUCGCUGCUGUCAAACUUGUUGGUGCUGCUAUGUUUCAUCCACAGCACCGAGAUUCGCCGACAGGUGCCCGGUGUUUUCACCAUGAACUUGUCCUUCUGCAACAUCCUCAUCACUGUGCUGAACAUGCCGGCCACUCUGCUGGGGGUUAUCCGGGAGCAGCAGCCUUUUGGGGAUUGCAUUUGCCACACAGUGAGCUUUCUGGAGACUUUCCUGACCGCCAACACCAUGUUGAGCAUGGCAGCCCUCAGCAUAGACCGGUGGAUAGCGGUGGUCUUCCCGCUCAGUUACUCCACUAAAAUGCGCUACAAGGACGCACUGAUCAUGGUGUGCUACUCCUGGCUCCACUCCUUCACCUUCUCCCUUGCAGCGCUGCUCUUCUCUUGGGUUGACUACAGCCACGUCUACGCGUCCUGCACCUUGCAGCCGAGCGACGACGGCAGCGACAGGAUUAAGUUCACAGUCUUCACUGUCGUUUUCCACGCCACGAGUUUCAUGCUCUCCCUGCUCAUCUUGUGUUUCACCUACCUGAAGGUGCUGAAAGUGGCCAGGUUUCACUGCAAGAGGAUUGACAUCAUCACCAUGCAGACUCUUUUCCUGCUGGUCGACAUUCAUCCAAGCGUCAAACAGAGAUGUUUAGCUGAGCAAAAGAGGAGAAAGCAAAGGGCCACUAAGAAGAUCAGCAUCUUCAUCGGCUCAUUCAUCAUCUGCUUUGCUCCUUAUGUAAUUACAAGGUUGGCUGAGCUUCUACCUUUUGUGGACAUCAACCGCCACUGGGGAAUUAUCAGUAAGUGCCUGACAUACAGCAAGGCUGCAUCUGACCCGUUCGCCUACUCCCUCCUACGUCAGCAGUACAAAAAAGUCCUGGUUACAGUUGUCAACAGACUGCUUCGCCGUGACCUAUACCCUUCAUCUGGCCAUAACAGCUCUUUAGACACAGAGAACGACUACUGUCUCCAGAGGAUCAGCUAAUGGCUAACAUGCGCACGUGACAGAUGCACACAUACUGGCCAAAAAGAAAGGGUGCCUCUGGGAAGAAGGGGGGCAGAGGCAAAGAAUUAGUCGAGAGACGGAGUAGACAGGAUAUUAGAUGGAAGGGAAAUAGACUAGAUGGUGGGGACAGAUUGUGGGUUGAGGGGCAGGGAGAAGACAGAGCAAAAAUAAGGAAGAUAGUGGGUGGACAAGAAUGAAAAGACAGUAAUGAGGGGGAGGAUGAGCAAGUAAGAAGAAACAAUGAAAAAGGAGAUGGGUGAGAGAAAGAUAGAUAGGGAGCGGCAGGGAUGAUGUAAAGAUGUUGCCCUAAGAACGAAUUUGUAAACAAGUGAUCGCUAAUUUAUCAGCAAUGGCAAAACACACAAAAAACUACACACAGACGCACACGGAGACAAAUCCAAUUAAUAAAACACAAGUUCAGAUGGAACCAAAGGACCACACUGCUGGGGAUUUCUUCACUUAGAGGGAUGUCAACAAAGUGGCCUUGUCCUGUAUACCAACCACUUUGUUAUGAUUUUGGAAAAUCUACAUGAGGUGACCUUUCUUUUGGCACAAAAAAAGAAAAACCAAACAGUGACAGUAGCUGAUGUUUGACAGGCAGUGGAGUGAACAUGUGAAAGAAAGGAGAGACUAUGUUGUUCCUGCUUCUGGAUACUGUACCUUCAGUAAAUGGAUGUAUUACUACUGCAAAUUAUUGCCAUGUUCUGUAUUGACCGCGUUAGACUACUCUGCAGUGUCAUGCCAGUCACUGAAUAUUGAUGCACUUUGUCUCAAUCUCUCAGAGCUAUUAGAGUUACAGGAGCCAAAGGCAAAUAACGCGUAUGAUAUUAAAGGGUAGAACUGGUGAUAAUCUAUUUUUAUUAUCGUCAACAAAUGAUUAAAGCUGAAGUAUUAAGUUAUGUGUCCACCAGUUCAGAGAUUUCCACACUUCCCAUUCAUUGUGCAUGUAAACAGCCACACAGUGUGUUCUUAUGAACAUUGCUUGUUUGCAUGAAGUUCAAACAGGGCUACUUAAUGCAAAUCAGAGGUUUCGGCAUGCUGUCUCAAGAAACUAGGGAUGGUCAACCUAAACUAGUUUUUCGAAAUUAACAAAGGCAGCAACUGCAUCGCUUAUUUAUCAUCAAAAACCUGUUCAGAAACCAUUUUUGGCACCAUGUUGGUCUGGCUUGACAUCCAGCAGAACAGUUCACCAGUCAAAGUGUUGAUCCAAUCUGGUGGGUGUAGACGUGCAGGUGGGAUUGCAUUUGUUAGCGCUCCUGCCAAUCAUUUAUCAGACAAUGUCAUGUGGCACGACCAUCGCGUGAUGCUGGGAAGUGUGGUGAUCCUACUGUCACACCAAAGACACACACCUGUACUCUGACUCGCUCCAAAUACUGUCUCACUUCUCUGUAGCCUGCCUGAGGCGCUGCAGCUCCAAGUCACGACAGAUAAAUAAUGUAGUCCUAAACUGAAACAGCUGGGCGGGCACUUUAAGUCACAGAUUAAUAAUGGUCUGCCAUAUUUAUAUUCAUAGCAACAAUACAGUUGGUGCAGCUUUGACUUUGACACCUAUGUGUUCAUGAUUAUGAACAAACACAUCAUCCAUUGCAACAGUGACCACUUACUUUACACUUAACCUUUAUAAAAUCUUAGCUUUGACACAUGUUAAAUUUAAUUAAAUCCAACCAUCUUAGGCCAUAAUGUUGGGAUAAGAAGAAUUUGGAUGUAAACACUAGCUAAUUUUAAUCCAAAGUUACAUUUCAGCAGUUUAAUUGUACCCUCUGACAUGGAAUAUGAUAGAUGAUAUCAUAUACUAUACAUAUACUAUACUAUAUAUAUAUGAUAUUCAGUAUAAUUUUACUGAAGACCUAAAUGGGGCCAUGCAGCUCCUAAACUGUAUAAUUAACCUAUUUGCAAUUAUAUUUUAGGACUUCACUACUCAACAUAAACUGUAGCAAUAUCAAUGAGUAACAACAUGAAUUAUCCUGAAUUUGUCUCUGUUUGCAUCACGAUGAACUUGGGGCUUGUUUUUGGACUUUUUAAGUAUUUUGUUGACAGUGAGAAAAACAGAAUAUCAUCAGUCAUUCCUUAAAGUGCGUGUGUCUAAGUGUAACUGAAUGUACUAGAGAUAGCCCACUUUUCACUGAAAUGCAUUUGUACAACUGUGCUUGGUUUGGCCAGUUGACUGGGGAAAAUGUUUCUAUGGUUAUUUACAUGUUGCUAUUCUAUAUUUUGCACUGUAUAGGAACAAUGUUUUGUCUAGAUGAAGAGGGAGCAACGUGACGUAGCAUAGGAAUGCUGUCAAAGUGCUUUAAAACACACUGUUUUGUGUUUGUGCCAGAUUUUAUGGGACUUUUUCAGCUGUUCUACACUUAAAUCAGAAUAGCUGCUUCAACAAAAUUCAGUUUCUUUGGUUGUAUUUUAUGCACAUGUAUUUUCCCUCCUGUGAACCACUCGCUGUUCUUUGACAGUUUGAUUAGCUGUUAGUGGAAUAUGUGCAAUAAAAGCUGUCAGUUAUGAAA